AUGGCGGUCAUUCCUGAUGAGGAUACCAACCCCACCAUCGACUUGAUAAGACCCCCUGCACAAGGGACAAGUUUUAGAGACCUUGACCUGGAGGGACAGCAACCUCCCUUCACGAUAGAUAACCCUUCAAUUAUCCAGGCAGCCGCCCCUGUCCUGUCGUUCCCUCCUCAACCGACCUCAGGAGAUGAAUUGGUACUAGGGCAGCAGCAGCAGCAACAGCAGGAACCAUUGAGCACAGAACCGUUGCGGUCACGGACGGUUGAUAGAAACUGGGCUCGUGUACGCCAAAAGGUCGUCGGGAUCGAUGUUUCCACACCUCAAAACAACAACUCGGCGCCCGUACAGAGAGAGAACAAUCAAGGUACCAGCUCAGGAGGAGCAGUAGGAGGAGUAGGUCAGGGCAGCACCUACCCACCUGCAGAGAUGAGGGCACACAUAGGCAACGGCCGCUUCCCUGCCAGCAAUCCAAUCACCGAUCAGCAUAGGACGUUUCCGACCAUGGAGGGCUUGGGCACAGUUUCGACAGGGCUCCGAGGUGUUUUAGGCUUCAGGACGGCGGUCGUACAGCGGACACAGCUACGGAAAAUGGAAAAGGAGAUCGAAAAAGCCCUCGCCCGUCAUGCGAGCGAUCAGAGUCAACCUCGUUCACGGACUGUGGCACGGAUAGGCACCGGCACCAGAGGUAUGAUUCCAGGAGCAUCUUACAACCUAAUGGUUUUCGAUACCGGCAUCGUUGACAGGAGUCUUGUCGAGGAGCUGUCCGACAUUUUGACCAGAUGGAAAGCACUUAUCGUCGAGGUGCCUUGCAAGAGCGAGAUCUUUCGGGCGCUUUCUAAGAUGCUUUUAGCCAGCAGGACAGAACCGUUGUCAAGAGCCGAUGCGACUGCGGUUUUGAACCUCGUUGAUCAGAUGAGGCAAAUGUUUCCUCUGCAGAGCGACCCAGAGGAUCUUCAGGAUGAUCGAAUCGUUACAAUUAUCAACCAAAUGCUGGCACCUGGAGUUAUAACGGCGACUGUACCGCUCUUGCCUAGGAACAUCCACGCGAUUCUGGCCUCAUUGGUGACACUGCUAAGCGAGCAAGCUGCUUUACCCAAGGAAGCUCAGGAUCGACGUAUUCAGGAUUUGUCGGCAGUCUUGAUGGAUCGGAUACGUUCUGGCGAUUUGGGCGUGAAAUCGGAUCCGACUGCCGAUCGAGCGCAAAUGGAGCAUAACGCCGACAUCGCCUUUCUACGCGGCUUGAUCGAGUGCAUACGACUUCGAGACCAGACAACAGUUCAUUAUUUGCUUCAUGAACUCUUGCCGGUGUAUUGGGUGGAGCCGGACUCUAAAUACCCUCUCGCUCUGGAUGGACCAGUUCGCAUUUUUGGUCAGGUGGCGAGUGAGUUUGUCCUGAAUGCGCCAGUCGCCCACGCAGAUGAAUCAGAGCUGACAAAGUCGUUGAUUCUGGACAUGACAAUUUUCCUACAGGAGUUUCUGCCGCCAGCUGGACUGCGCGGAUCGGUUUCAAAUGAGGCAGUGGCGUCAGUAGUCCGGUUCAUUUUCAUGGUUUUCUCUAUCGAGUAUCUGGAGAUCCAGCCACAGGAACCAUCCACAUCAUUUGACAAUCCUCGACCUUCACGAGACGAUAUGGAGCCGACCUCACGGGCAUCAAUGUCGACUGAGCCAGAACGGGAGGCCAUGCCUAGGACACCGCCAAGGUCUCCCCUCAGCCCCAACGUGAGCGGAGAUAAUUUUCAGGCUAGGAUAUUGCCGCCUCGGGAUCAAGGAUUACCAGGUGAGAAGACGAACCCUGUUGUUCAACUAGCCCGGAAUUACUUCGAUGCCAUUUGGGACCAGGGACAUCAAGGAACCAUCGUGGACCAGAUGAAAAUCGAGAGUGAAGACAUUGCAUUUCGACGACUCGUCAACCUCUACCAUCGCGUCAUUCUUGGAUCCAGCACGGCAAGAGGCACAUUGAUUCUCAACGCAACCCUGAGCACAUUCUUCAAUAAAUUAGUUGCCCAUCAGCCCGAACCCAACGAACGCCUGUCAAGGCUACUUCUGCAGCUCUCAGUCGUCCAUCGCGCCUCUUUCUUCAAGCCCAUGAUCGCAUGCGUGGCGUCCGACUCAACUCAAUUUGUGACGGACUAUCUCUGCAUCCUGUCAUGUCUGGAAACACACAUGAGUCUAGUAGAUCUGUACAUGAGAGAUGCCGAUAUGAUAUGUGUGAUCGCCAUGACGGAUGUCGGUCAUGAGCGGCCAAGGAGAGACUUACAGGUGCAGGCACAAGGGCUGAAGUGGGGCUCCUGCACAGUCGGUCAGUGCAUCAUUGUCUUGGAAUUCAUCUACGUGAUCAAGAGACUGGCGAGCAGUGGCGAUAACUACGAGAUCGAGGUUGGCAAGAUGUUCCUCAUUGACCUGGAGCGGAAACUGGGAAUGUAUCUUAUAUCCAAGCAGGCGACAGCUGAAGGUGGAAAUGCACAGGGUGCCCCUCACGGCAUCUCGGAAACCAUGCGACUUCGGAUAAAACACAUCUACAGCAACGUGGAUGGACUUGUAGGCGAGCGCAAGGAUCGAUAUACCCUCAAGAUCGUUAAUAGAUCCGCGUCAACCCUCAGGCCAUCCAGGAUCGAGUCAAGCGCAGGCGCACGACGAGUUUCCACCAGCGAGUCGAAUCGGGCGCCCAACCAAUAUAUCAAAGCCACUGCUACACUUCAGCCGAAGCGGAUAGCUCGGAUGCCGGACAUCCGACUAGACGAAACGGUGGCUGUGCUGACGCUUCUGAUCACCGUCCAUUCUGCGAUCCAUGUGAGCGAAUAUCUACAGUUGAUCGGCCCUCUUUGGAACAUAUACUGCCUCGAAUCUGGCCCUAAAGUCGCGUCCUCCGCCGCAUUCUUGUUUGUCAAAUGCGCUGAUGUUGCCCCAAAGGCAAUUCACAACAUCAUUUCGCGCGAUCUCAACGGUGAUAACCCGUUCAAGCGCCUGUCCGCCAUCGAGAGGCUGAACACUAUCUUUGACCACCGCAACGAAUUGCUGAUCCAACCCUAUGUUAUCGACCCAUCUUCUCGUGGUCCGUUCCGCACCACCGUCAUACAAGUUCCUUUCGUGACGACAGAGGUUGGCAGCAAUCGAUACACCAUGGACGAACCCCGUUGGCUGACAGAGUUGAAGAGCGUUGGAAACUUCCCCAUCGACAUCCGUAAUCGCUUUCAGGAACUAGGAUGGGGCCAGAAGGACCAGCAGAGAGAGACAGAGUUGACAAGGCGCAUACAGACUCCUUUGAUGCUAUCGUGGACAGGAUACCUCGAUGGUGACUACGAGAGCAAAGAGAACUUUGGCCGGACUUACACCAUGCUCCCCAAGGACCGGCACGCGACAGUAUUGAUCCCUGUUUUGAACUCCCUCAACCUCGGCACCAUCGACCUUAUGGACGACAAGGCUAUUGGUGUUCGCUCAGCAGCCAUCAACUUCCUCUCCGACUACAUCCGAAACGAGCCGGUGCUUUUUGUUCGCUCCUUCUUUGCCGAGGUUGUACAAGCAAGACCAGAUCGCCAACGAAGCUUGAUCUCCAGACUCCACUUGCUCCUCGGCGGCAACUCCAGGUUGCCGCCAGCGUUUGCUUUCUCGCUCUUCAACCAUCUCCUCGGUUUGCUGAAGUGGUUCCAGAGAAACUCCAAGCCGUUGGGGCUCGAGAUAAUGGCAACGGUCCUUCCACUUCUCGCGGAUGUCGUCAUCUCCACCAACGAUAUCGUGUUCAAGGAUUUCAAGCGCAACAAGGUCGACAUCUUUUUCGCCGGCUUGGGGCGUUUUUGGUUCAAGUCGGCCAUCUUACCCGAAUCCAUGUUUCCUGCUCAGCUGACCAACCCAGGCGACAUCAUACCUCGACUAGGGAUCCCACACCAACUGUUCCAGAUGGCCAUGGUCAACAUCAGCCAGAUCCAGUUCAUGACCAGCUUCCUCGUCCGGUAUCCUCUGGAGGCUACCGAUGUCAAAGCCAGCGUUGGGCGGUUUAACAGGAUGCCAAAGUUGAACCCUCUCGAGGCUCUGCAGAGUUCCAAGCUGGAGGACAACCAGUAUCUGCCAGAUGUGUCGAGGUGUCACACGCAUUUUCUCACUGCAACGUCCUACCGGGAUCGGAAUGCGCGGUCGCUCUCAUCCCUCCGAGCGCGCGCAUGGCUCUCGUUUGUCCUCAACCUAAUCCAGCGCAUUGACAAGCAAAGCACGGAUCGCUUGGAGCUGAUGAACAUCCUCAACGGCGUCAACGUUAUUCUUCUGGAGCAAGGAGAUGAUCUGGGGAUUGUUGGACAGGCUUUAGAAGUGUACAUCACAGCGGCAACGCGUCUGAGGCGGCUCUUUGCGUCGCAGAACGGAUACGCACUGUUCUUCCCCGCCCUGUUCAAGAUCUACUGCGACUCUGCCACUAUUCCAAUUGUUCAGGACACCAUCGACGCUACAUUUUACCGCUUCUACUUGAUCCAUCAGGAGGCGUUUAUUCUGCAGAGUUUGGGAGCCAUUGUCCCGCUGAUGCUUCGCAACAUGUCCACGGAGCAAUCGACUAUCAUGAGCCGACGUCUUUUCGCGUUUAUGGAGUCGCUCGACCAACCGACAACGACCUAUCACUCUAAAGCUCUCGGCGUCCCAUCGCUGUCCGUGCCCUACCAUGAUAGCAAGCCUUACGGCGGCCCCCAGCUGGAGAUCCCCCAUUGGAUUUCGUCCUUUAUUCCCAAGAACUCGAAGAUCUUCCACAACAGCGGCAGCACCAACAUCCUGCACAAGGCCGAGUUUACGAUCACCGACUCCAUCAAGCUCUUCCUCGCAGUCAUUGCUUACGACCCUGGUUCCGUUCGGUCUGAGCAGUUUGUUUGCGUCCUCAGGAUGGUACUGCCGUAUUUCUUGGACCGGGAGGCGCAUCUGAUGACGAGUGGUCUGGACAGUCUGAUCGAUGUGUUUGCCAAGUUUGGGAGGUCAUCCAAGCCCCUCGUGCCGACGUCCUUUGUUCCCCCACCAGUGCUGCCUCGGGCUGCUCAGAGUACCGACGACACCCAAGGUGACAUCAGUCGCUUUGCACUUGUGAGCGGUCAUGCCGCCAAGACCCAGGCUGUCAAGGGCAAGACGUGGGCGCAGAACGAUCGCGUGGCUAUCAAGCACGAGUUCGUUUGCUUGAUCCAGCACUUUUGCGACCGAGGCGGACAAUUGGCGGACGACCAACACCAAAUGAUGGCGGCCUUCAUCAAAUCGAUCCUCAAGGACUACAUCUCGUUGAAGAUCCCAUGCACCACCGAUUGGCUGCGUGAUUAUCUCAAACACGCCAUACUCCCAAUCCGGAAUGUCCAGCAAGGAUCUCAUGCGGUGCUGUAUCUGAUCGUGCACGUUUCGGGCUACCUCAGGACGUAUUACAAGAUGAUUGACUUUUCGGGAUUCUUCGAUGGCUUGCUGCUGGUGGCGGAAGACGAACGGCAGUUUCUGAGAAACUCGCUCACACUCUCCAAUGUCUUUCAGGACAAGGUUUUGAGCCCAGCUCUCGCCGUUGGAGUCAAGGAUGACUGGAGUUCUGGGUCCAUCUACGUACCGCAGGCAAAGUUCUGCGACAGCUUGGUCGACCUGAUGCUGGCUAUGAUCAACAACGCGGACACUGACACCAUUUCCGAGCUCGAGCAGGCGGUACCCACGCCGCGUCUUAUGGCCUACAUUAUCAUCCCACUCUGCCUUCGAUUCAAGUCCCGUUUCCACUCCAACUGCCUGGAUAUUCUGGAAAUGCAGUUUUGGCUCAGGAUGCUGGGACUCACUGUCAAAGCAGCCGAGUGCGACUCUACGUUAAAGCAAACCAGUAGAACUACCGGACUGUUUGCGCCUGUGAUCAAUGCGGCUCGUGCGAACAGGAGACGUCAGUCGGUCGAGCUGAUCGCGCCCAUGUCCCCACAGCAGCCUAUGACCCCGCACCCUUUGAUGAUGCCACCGUCAGCAAUACCCCAGACGCCAGGUCAUCAUCGUCGCAUGUCAUCAUUCCUUUACAGAGGUGAUCACAACGAUGAGGACCACAACGAACAGCAGCAGCAGCAACAGCAGGCCUCGGAGAACACCAUGAACGCGACCCCAGGACUGCUCAUCGACUUUAUCGCGCUGCGCAUCAUCAUGGUCCGCGGAGAGCGCUACCUGACUUAUCACCCUGGUUGCUGGCUUGAUAUCUUCAACAUCAUCAAGAAGUACUUCUCGGCUCACAUGUUCUCUACAAGCUCGUUUUCUGGACCCAUCGCCAUUGGAGGCAGUAUUAGCCGCUAUAACAGUACCUCCAGUUCCGGCCCGCCAUCACCCAACGUUAGCCCUUCGUACCCGGCGACCCCAAGGGUGGAUGUGCCUCUGACCCCACUCUGGCGCGACGGCGCAUCAGGAUCGGCAGGAAUGUCAGGAGGGUUGUCUCCAUACCCUGUAUCGUCUUAUACCCAAGGGAAUACCCGAAUGACGGCGAUGGGGUACAUUUUGUGGUCUUUCGCAGAGACCAUUCUCUUCAACCGGUUGCCCUUGAUGAUCAUGAUGCGACCCUUCCUUUCGGACCAAAUUCGACAGAUCGACUCUCACCCUGCGCCCACCUCAUUCCGUCCCAGUCGAUCAGCUACCAGCACCGGUCCCAAUUCACCAGCCUUUUACUGGCCCUCGCCAUCCGUGUUGCCAACUGGCUCUCCAGGACCUGGUGCAGGAUAUUCUCCUGGGAUGUCGCCCUUGCAUCUGAGGGGCGACAGUGUUGGUCGUAGAUCUGAUGCCCGAGAAGAUCCUGCGGCUGUCAAGCAGCAACAACGCACUGAACGUCGGAAGCAGUGGAAGAGUUGGGCCAAGCCGACGCAGACCAUGAACGCGUUGACUGUGAUUCAGGAGCCGCUCUUCGACUCCCAGGGGCCCAUGUCCCCCAACCUACAUGCGGCUCGCUUGCCCCGUCAGCACAGUUUCACCUCGACAUCUGAGCAGGCUGGUAGUGAUGCUGCUGGCGAACCUCGUACUCCCAACCCUCUUCAACAACAACAACCACCACAACAACAACAUCAUCAUAACUAUCAUUACCGCCAUCGCAAGCAUCACCGCUCGGACCUUGAGAGCAAAUCGGAGACGGUUCUGCCUCAUGCUCUAGUCGACAGAGCCAUUCAUUCGAUGCAACAUGUCCGAUCCAUGAUGCUUACCAAGUCGGAGGGUACUACAGCGUUCUCUGAGUUUGGUGUCCCCAUGUACCCCGAGAAGAGAUCGCCUUCCACUGGUUUGUCCCCAUCGAUGGCUCUCCAGACUAGCGACAAGAGGGACUCUUUCCAGUUCUUCCCAGCGGAGGGCAGUCAAAGCGCGGACAAUCACUUCCUGGUCCCUGGGAAGUACGAACGCCAGCCGUCUAGCCCUGGAUUUGGCUCGAUGUUCUUGGCAAGGGAGGCAGCGAUCCGAAGUCCAGCGGGGUCUCCGAGUCAGGAACCAGCAGCUCCUGCUCAGGAGGGUCUGUCGCCAUUACGCCCAAUGUCCUUGACAGUACCGCGAUCGCUUUCGGCAGAUACAGCAAAGGAUUUUUUGCGCGUUGCUGCCAAGGAAGCCUCGAACGUCGGCAAUAUCUCGGACAGCGGAAGCGACGGCUCAAGCUUCGUGAUUGGAAGUCCUCAACUUCAUCCUAGCUCUGGAGGCGAGACUUUGUCUCCGGGGGUGCUCAGCUUGCCAGGUGCCGCUUCACCUGGCGGCGCAAGCCCAGCUCCCAAGAAGAGCCGCAGCAUCUUGAAACCGACGAUCAUCACCACUUCGCCGUCGAUGUCGGACCGGAAUCCUCAACUACAGUCGGCAGUCGAUCUGUCCCAGACACCUGGCCAGCAGCUGCCCUCCGACCUGUUCACGCCAAGCGGUAUGCGACCUAUUCGCCGAUUGGACAGUAACACAUCGGAUGGCUGUAGUUCCAUGAGUGGAGGACCCAGCAUGGGCCGCCGACCUAGUUUGACGUUGGAGGAUCAGAUGGAUUACAGGAUGGCAUGUCUCCAGGCGCGCGCAAAGAUCUUUGUUCAGAACAUUGAAGAAGAAACGCGUCUGGUCUUGGCGUGUUUUCCUUCUGUGUUUUCAUUCAAGUGUGCGCCACCGCCAUCGACUACUCCAUCGGCUACAGCUGCAACUUCAGCAACCGCAGGAGCCCCUAUUGCGACGGUCACCGUCGAGCCACCAGCACCUGAUCCUGCAGUGCCUUUGACAACCCAACCCGCGUCAACUUCGAGGGAAGUAACAGGAGAAACCAGGAACAUUCAGCAGAACGACCAGGCACGCGUCAGUACAUCCAGUUUGACUGUUCCAAGUCGAAAGACGCUCUCGAUCACGAUCCAGGAUCAGUCGUCAUUCCUGGCUCCCUCGCCCAUCAACCCACUUCCUAUGCCUGUGGAAGGAGGAGAGCAUCUGUUCUCUUCGAGGCAGAAGCGGCCUGCAUCUGCUACUCUUGCUCCUUCAUCCCCUCCUCCAGCGCCUUUGGUUGGGUUUACCAUUGGGACUCCUCCCCCUGCUGCAGCAAAGGAGCGUCGAUCCAAGAGCGUUAUUUUCCAGCAACAGUUGUCGAUGAGACCUUCAGGCGGUGGAUUCAGUCUGCCUACUUCUGAUCCUAGUUCCCUGAGAGCAAGUUCUUCCCAACCGCUUUCACACAUGGCCACUCCUCCGACUCUUUCGGUGACGGUGUCGACGCCCCCGAUCCUCCAGUCCAACGCACUCCCGCCUCCUCUGACUUUGUCCCUGCCUCCGACGGGACUGAACCGUUCUGGCAAGGCUUCAGAGUCCUCACUCCCUACCGUCAACAUCAACCUCACGACCCCCGGCCCCGAUAGCAACUCUUCGGCAACUCUUCCUACAUUCCAGCUCCAUGGCUCACCUCCUCCACCAGAGCGUCGUGAGACGUUUGAUGCCACCAGUUACUUCUCCUUGCCUAUCCGUGGAUCUGAUCGACCCCAGUCAGCUUCAUCGUCAUCGUCAUCAUCAAGUCUUUUGGUCCCUGGACUUGGCCUUGCUCCUCCAUCCUCAUCUGGCCCUUCAACUUUGUCAGUUCCUUCGGCAUCAUCGACAGGAACAGGAACAGGAACAGGAGCAGGAGCAGGAGCAAUACCACGUUCGUCGUCGGCUCCUCCAUCGCUGUUACUCCCGGUCCCUGAACACGAGAGUCAAGACGAACCUGUGAUUCCCCUGGAUGAUACGCCGUACACAGUCGUCGGACUUGGAUUGAAUGUCCCUGAUUCAUCCAGACUCGGAAGUCUUCCUCCAAAGUAA